AUAUAUAUGAAAUGGUUUGAUACAGUAAUGUUUUACUAUGUUAUUUUAAUGUAUUGAUUGAAUGUCACAAUAUGUCAUUUUCAAAUUUCCCGCCGUUCCGUCCCCCCGUACGUCCCGACGCUCGCAGGGGAUGGAACCCAGAUGACAGAUGCUGGCAUCUGCCUGAGUACAUUACAGGAGGGACAUCUCGCGAGCGCAGGGCAAGUGACCGAGGGAUCCCCGAGCAGCGCCGCAUGGUAAGCCCGAGUGUAGCUCGGGGUUACCACUUUUGCUACACUCGGGAAUACCACCAGGGGGGUUAAGCUAA